CCAAUUAAUUUUAAAUUAGCCUUCUUGGCAUCGUCUAGAAUCUUUUGCAUCCACGUUUCUCGUUCUCUUGUUUGUAGUGUCUCUUACUGAUUGAUCACCAUCCACACCUAUCUCCUAGAUCUGACACUCUGUCCUCAAGUUGGUUGUUUCUGCUGCCCAUACUUUUAAUAGAAUUUUUAAUCUCUUGGAUUCCUAUUUGGCAGUUUUUAUGGACUCCCAAUUCUUUCUAUGCUGGGUAUUCAUGAUUUGCAUAUCCUUCUUUAACUUGUCUAGUUUUUUAUGUGUCUUUUGUAGACUUGCUGAUCACUUCUUUCAGUAGGAUCGUUUUCCACUUAAUUGUAUUUACCCAACACCUUAUUGACCUAGGUUUUUAUUUUUAUUUUUUAACUUUCACUGUUAUCUUUCAGUUAUUUUGUGUGGCUUUCAAUUUCCUCCCCUGUGAUGCCCCCCGCAUUGGCUUUGGGGGAAUGGGGAGUUUUUAGAGGCAUUUUGUUGCCUUGUUUUCUCAUGUUUCUACUUUUUGUUUGUUUCCUAUGGUGAGGCUUGCAAAAUGACUAUAGUGGGUAGCUUUGUUGCUAGUAUGGAAACCUUUGUAGUUAAUGUCUACUUUUCAAAGAUGUUCCCUGGGCAUAACUAACUAUUGGCUUUUGCCUGUCCCAGGAUCCAACCACCUCUGUUUAUCUGGAAAGGAUGGUUGCAGUUUAUUUGGCCAGUACCCAGUUCUUUGGAAAUGAACAGCAGUAUUGUUUAUGAUUCCCAUGCAAUCCAGGGAAGGGCAUCCGUGUCCUGCAAGGGGAGAUGCAGCUAGUCAGCUGGUUCAGACACCUGCCGGCAUCUGUCACUGAGUUCCAGCCAGUGCUGCAAACUCUGACACAUCCUGUCAGCCAGGAAUACCUGAGAGACACACUACAGAAAUGGAUCACCCUGUAAGUAGCCAGAAGCGCACCUCUGAGGGGGGCUUGGCCCCCGUACAGCCUGGGAUGUGGCCAUAGAAGGCCAGUGAGGCUUGUGCAGAGAAUCCCAGUCACUUGGGUGAAGUGCCACAUGCAUUCCCAUGUGGGAGAACCCAGGAAGAAAACUGUCUUUCAAAAUAUUAUGUAGGGGCUCUUAAGUUCUCUUUAAGUAAGAAUAUUGCAAUUCCUAAAAUUUUAUUUCUUGCACUGCACUGAUGUUUGUAUCCAGUCCAUGGGGGUUUAGAUUUCAUUAUAUCAUCAGCGAAGCAAGAAUUGAGAGAGUUGCAGACUCCAUGUUCAAGUUCAGCCAGAAAUAUUGACAUAUAAGUGCUCUGAAUAUAUAUAGACCCAGGUAAGACAUUUUUAAGCUGUGUGAUCUCAUAUGUCUGUAAUACCAGAACUUUGGGAAGCUAAGGAAGGUGGAUUAAAAUUUGAGCCCAGCCUGGGCAACUAAAUACCACUGCCAGAUCUUAUCUCUAAAUAAAGUUUUAAAAAACAACUCUGACAAAAGAAGGCUUUGAAUCCAUCUCCAGUAGCUCCUAAGAGCUCCUGGUCCCAGCUCUGCAGGAACUUGAGAACAGCACCAGCAGUUCCACAUCAAAUAAGCACAUUCUCUUUGGGCAGAGCAUGUCUGUCUUCCUGUGGCAUGACAGUCCCACUGACCUGCCUUCUGGUGCUGCCUGGGUCAGCGUGGCAAACCGACCCCAUUUAGCCAGUAGUGGCCUCUCCACGAAAGCCCAUGCUAUUAGUCCUUGUGUCCAGAACUUCUGUACUGCCUUGGAUUCCAAACUGAAGGUCAAACUGGAUGGCCAGAUGGCAAUGCAAGUUCUCUCACAAGGUUCUGACUCAUGGAUUCACCCAGUCAUUAGAUUUAGAUGGUGCGGGCUCAGUCCUAGCCACAGCCACAAACUGGGAGGAACUAGAAAUUCAGGAGGAGACUGAAUCUGGAAGCAGCAUGACGUCCAAGAUCCGACUCCCUUCCCAGCCAUCCUGGUACAUACAGUCCUUCCUGUGUAGCUUACGUGAGGACUUAAAUCGGGUCGGAGGCCACAAGCUGCCAAAGGUGACACUGCAGGAGAUGCUGAAAAGCUGCAUGGUUCAAGUAGUCACUGCUUAUGAGAAACUUUCAGAAGGAAAGCAGACGAAGAAAGAAGGUGCAUUUCCACUGACCCAGAAUUGGGUGCUGCAGCUCCUCUAUGACCUGCGCUACCUCAGCAUUGUCCUCACGACCAAGCAGGAGAUGAAGAGUGGUCACAGCAAGCCAGACUCCAGGUUCUGUUUGGACUGGUAACUGGUACAGAGACCUACUUUCACCCUCUGGAGCAGUAAGUUCCACUCCUAGGAAGCCCACAACAUACUACCACUGGCCUCGAGUCAGAUCUGGUUUGGCCUGCUUCCACUGAGCAUGAUGAGCACGCGGAAGGCUAAGUCAACUAGCAGGGGCCUUGAAACAAAAGCCCAGAAAAGUUCUUCUCUGCUGAUCCUGUCCCACCCCACCUGGUCAACUCCCUGUGAAAUAACUGAGAAAGAACCAACUGACAGAAUGCACUAAUGCUGCUUUUAAUGGCGGCGCAAUAGAGAAAUACAAGGUUUUACUAGCUUGAACCAAAAGAUUUAACAUAUGCCCGUUGACACUACCAAAUAGCGUUAUAAUAGAAAUGUAUCCCAGGCUGCAAGGCUGUAGAAAAUGUGCAAACAGGAUGAAGAUGGUUUCUUAAGUAGAGUAAUAAGGAUAACUGCCAACCCAGCAGAAUUGUACGAAUUUGGAGAAAAUCCUUUUGUCCUGGUGAUGGUUUCAUCUUCCAUAUCUUUUAGUUGUGUGGGAAAUAAAUGAGUUUGCUUCCUCUAUUGUUACAUUUUCUUGUUAAUACAUAUUUUAUUUCAGUAGGAUGCCAUCCAUUGAGCCUGAAGGAGUCCUGGGUUUCUGAGUUUUGUGGUAGACACAUCUGUUUGAGAGCUCAGCUUGUCUUCUUACAGCAUUCAGUUGUUCUUUCUUUUAUUGUUAGACAAAAUAUUAGCAAUAUAUCCUUUCCAUAUUCCCUGCCAUUAAACCCAUUAAGAUCCAAAAUUCUUGUCAAACAUCUGGCUUUUAAAUCUAGGAGACAGUAAAGAAUUUUUUAAAAAAUGUUAAAAAGCUCUUUGCCAAAAAUUCACACUCCUUAAGUGUGGCCUAUGCUGUACCUUUUUCCCGUAACACUAGUUUCCACAUCGUGCUACUGGCCUUUAAGUUCUAUCCCUAUUAGUGGAACAGACUGUGGAAAGGAGAUGCAUAAGGUUACUGUUUCUGGAACAGUUUUUGUUCUCAAGGUUCGAGUUCUAUCAGAUAAAACCCCAUGCUGUUCCCAUCCUUUUCAACCCUGACAAACAGCAGAGGUUUCUUACUAGAGCCAUCCAACCAUCUCAGCUCUGCUGUGUGUGCAGUGUGGCUUCCCAUUGGAGGGGCAUGGACUGCAGUGCAGGGGGAGCAGAAGGGGAACAGGCAGAGGCUUCAGGAGGACUCUAAGGCACUUCCUCUACAUCCAAUGGCAGGUUGACCCCCCGGCACUCUCCAGAGCAGGUGACCCCAUGCAGCCUGGCUCCCUCUUCAGACAGCUCGCCAGUGAGGAAGACGAAACAUCCGCACCUUCAUUAUUCAAACUCAGCUGGCUCUCAAGUAUGACAAAAUAACACAGGAGCAUGCCCGUCUCCUUAAAUAAAUACUACUGUAUUGUUUCUCUGGAA